GAGUAUUUUUUUUUCUAAAGAAGUGCGCAUGCGCAAAUCAUGUCAACGAAUAGCCCAGACGAACAUGAUGUGUGUUACCGGGACUGUACGUUAGUCAAGUCCCAUCUUCCGACCGAGUUACUCAUCAGAUUCCGCAGAGCGCUGUGGUGACUGACUGACUUGGGAUUCUGCCUGAAGGAAAAUUCUGUUUAUUUACAAGUUAAAAUGUUGAAUUUUAAGAAUCACGCACAGUUAUAAAUAUAUUGUGAACUAACGGGGUUUGUGUAAGUUGUCAUCGCGUGAUAAUCUACAUUCUGUUAGAAAUGUUUGAGAGAAAACUGCUGUGUAAAAAUGAACUGACAUAAGUUUAGCGAGAUCGUUUACCACAAUUCACACCACUCAUUGCAAUGUAUUAAUGCAGAAAUGUUAAUUCAGCUAUAAAAUAAAUGAACUACAGGCUGCUAUAAUGCGCAGGUCAAAUAUGGAAAAUGACAUUUCGAAAUUAAAACUCCAUAAAAAUUCGAAUGAAGGAUACUACCGUUCGGAAGUGCACGUGAAUCUCUCCAAAUCGUGACUCUGCGAUACAACCUCCUAGCAGGGAUACUAGGAUCAAGCAAGUCUAGCCUCGAAGUCCUUUUUGGGAUCUUCCAUAUCUCUUGCAUUACACUUUCCAAGCAGCUCACAGGCAAAUCAAGUUAGCGAGGGAGGUAGAAGGAACAAGGCAAGUCACGCCUCGUUCCCCGCUAUCCAGACCGUGAUGUCUCCCCUUCUCUCGUGCUCGGGUUUAAUCAUAGUGGUGAUUUUAGGCGUAUUAGGGCAGAUCAAGCUCUCUCAUCAACAGGCGGCUCUUCAUUCACCUCCCUCGGGCGGAGAUGACGACGACGACGCUAUAGGCCUACCACGACCAUCACCAACGCCAACAGAGGCGCCAGCGUCCGCCGAGCCCUUACUGGGCACCAUGGUCAUGCCAGCGGUGCCGCAGUCGUUCCCGCUGGUCGAAUUCACAGACUACGGAGUCCAAGGGCAGCUCAUGCCCUCCGCUCGGCAGCGACACGGUGCCAGACCCCACGUCGAAAAUCGCUUCGGGUAUAACGCCCGGGUUCCCCCGGUAGGAGGUCGAAGAACCCACGGUGGGUCCGUCAUUCCCGGAUCUGUCCCCGUCAACACGUAUCACAAUCCCACGACGGGUUUGGCGGAGAUACGCAACGGGAAGAUCAGCAAUCGACCCAGGGUGACCCACGGGGGAUCUGGCAGCAGCCCAUACGCCGGUGGAGCGUCUUGGGAUCACGGCACCGGAGGAGGAGGAGGAGGGGGCGGGGGAGGAGGGAGCUUGAUAAAAUCAACAGGAUACGGAAGCAUAAGAAGAGAAUCAAAUAGCGCAGGAUACGGUGGGGUGAUAGAUCGGUCUAAUCCCAUAGACUACUUUGAUUAUCGAGAAGAAUCAGAAGAGGAAGGAAUCGAUGAUGUUCACGGCAUCAGCGGAGGAUACGACUUGAACGACGAAGGACAAGGGACACUUCAUGCUGCUUUGCAAACGUUGUGGGAGCACAGGAACGAGGCCUACCACAACUUCGGAGUUCAAGACACGCCCUCACCUAAGGACAGCUGGGUCAAUACUAAGCAAAAAGAGUAUAGACCGAGCUAUGAUGAAACCUCCAACAGGAAUCACGGCAAACGACCUCCUCUAGUCAACCCCCUGCAGAGGGCUAGACCCUCAGAGUACCCUCUCAGAACGAAGACGGGAGAGAUACUCCAGCUAGGGUUUGCCAGCGGUCACCCUCGACCAGUUAAUCACAAUAGAAAUAACCCGUUUUCUCGAAGACAACAAGCGCCCGGUGGUGGGUAUCCCAGCGGUGGCUUUACCACACAUAGGCCUAGUGGUGGAUAUCCCAACGGUUUCUUUACUACCAAAAGGCCCAGUGGUGGAUACCACGGCAGUAUUUUGACGACCCCAAGACCGAACGAGCCCAGGCAGCGACCUCCAAAUAAUUCGGGCCCAAGACGACCAACUAGGACGCAAGUCGCAGCGAGAGUCGUGACGAAACGUCCGUUCGAAGGCGGUGGCGGCGUCGUCAGUCAAGCGCAUCACCAGAAGGGGAUGCCUGGGGGAAGAAGGAGUGGGAUCCAAAGUGUAAUGAUACAGAGACUCGGGUCUUCCACUUUAAGAGGUCCUGGUCCCGGCAGACAUACGGUUUUCAACUCGCGGCCGGUCAAGGGACACCGACCCCUUCAGAUGGUCAGGUCCCGUUUUCCUGUGGAUCGCAUAGGCACAGCGACAAUGGGAGACAGUGGGGUGGUCCUGCCAACGACGAAUACCGACGAAAAACAGGAGGAACCGCUGUACAUCACGGGAAUAAGUUACGAGGACUAUGACACCGAGGAGUUGCCGGAUUUCACCGGAUUUCCCAAUUACGACGUCGCUGGUGUUGGCCAAGGGGGUUCCUCAGGUCCCGCGAUGGUUUCUGGAGCCACUGGAACUCAGCUGAGGAAUCAGGCUCUGCAGAAUCCAGGAAACCUCGAAACAGACGCCGCUUUCGAGAAGAGCGACUGGAUGACCCAAGUGAGUGACGUCAUGUCCGGAGUAUCCAAUCAGCUGCCGAGCAUAGAGAAGGCGGUGACCACCAUGUCCUUCAUGGCCUUCGGCAUCUUCAUGGCCAACCUUCUCCUGCAGGCUGUGGUCAACUCCUCCUUCACCUCAUUCCUGGGACGGACGGACAAAUCCGACGACUCUGGGAACUUCGUCCUCGACUUGGCCAACCUUCCCAUCGACCUUGACCUCGAGGAGUUCGACUUCGACAGCGGUCGAUGGAAGGAGAGCUUGGAGGGGGACGAAGGGAGUCUGUCCUCGGUCAAGAAGCUGCUCAAGGUCAUGGGUCAAGUUUAUGUCAGCCUCCACGAGAUUGCCAGGGCUGGAGUCUACAACGUGGUGUCCGCCUUAGGACUGAGCCCACGGACUCGUCGGACUCCCGAGGGCGCCGAAGACCUGGCGCCGGAGUGCCUUAGGCGCCUCCUGUGCGAAGGGCACCACGUCACGGCGCCGUAUUUCAAGGACGCUUCGUCCUACAGACUCCUGCCUUUUUGGACUUUGGGCGCGAGCUGGCUCUCCGGCAACUCGAACAUGCCCCGCCUUCUGGAGGAGCUCCGCGCCGAGGUGGCGGGCCAGCAGGGCCUCCCCUGCGAGGCCCUCUUCCCGGAUUGCAACGACACCGAGGUCGUCGACGGGUUCCUGGAGAAGAUCAGGAGAGGUAUGGCGGAUAUCCGGGAGGGGGAGGGGGAGGAGGGGCCUCUUCCUCCGUCAGAUGGCGUUUCUGGGAGGGUGCUGGUGGACGCUGCCUUGGAGUCGAGUGGUGUCCAAGAAGAAGAAGAAGAAGAAGAUGAUGAUCCGGAUGUUUUGUCGCCAAAUAAUGAGACCGACUCCCACGGUGACCAGACGACGAUGGCGCCAAUGCUUCUCAGGGGUACAGAGAGCCCUCUUUUAGACUUAAACCUAAAAGAAGAAGAAAAAGAAGAAGAGGAAAAAGAAGAGGAGGAGGAAGAGGAAGAGGAGGAGGAGAAGGAAGAGAAAAAACAAGAAGAAGAAGGAAACAUUUCAGAGCUGCCAUAAUGACACGCCAGCCAUCUACCGCUUCGUUUCGAACUGUAUGAAGUCCAUCUAGGGUUGAGAUAAUAAGCCAAGUCCAGUUUAUACCCCGAAGUUAACCUUAUCCAUCUUGUCAUGACACCAGACCCUCUCACGUCAUUCUAAUAACACAUAUAACUUGAAACCACAGAUCAGCCGAGAGUGAUUUGCAUCGGUAACCUGGCGUCCGGAGAGAGAGAGAGAGAGAGAGAGAAAAUUUCAUGUUUGGGCAGGCGAUUGUGGGUAGCGUUUACAGCGAAGGGUAAAAUUCUACGUAGGAAUUUUCACUUCUUUCCAAAAUAAAUAAAAAAAAAUUGUUGUAGAAAUUCUACAAUAAUGUACGUGUCUGGUAUUUAUUGUGAGUCUCUUAAAUAGGAUAAGAUGAUCUCAACUGUAUAUAAGGAGUGUUUCUUUUUCUAUUAACGAAGCAUUUGUUAAAUACCAAAUCCAAUGGAAUGAACGGGCAACUGGGAAACAUUGGGAUCUAUUUCAUAGAAAGUUUAUAUCAGAUCCAACAGGGUUCACAGAAAAUGCUAAAAUCAGCUACUUGGACAGACAACGCCAGAUCUAAUUAGAUGGACAGAAAAUAUUACAUGAAGAAUGAACAGAAAACACUACAUCGAGGAGACUGGACAGGAAAUCUACAUCAAAUUGACUGGACAGAAAAUACAACAACUACACUGACAGAAAAUACUGCAACCAGGAGACUGGAAAAAAAAAAAAACUAGGAGACUGCUCAGAAAAUACUACUUCAAAUAGACUGGACAGAAAGUACUACUUCAAAUAGACUGGACAGAAAAUAUUACAACAAAUGCACUGGACAGAAAAUACUGCAACCAGGAAACUGGACAGAAAAUGCUAAAACCAGGAGAUUGGACAAAAAAAUACUACAACCAGGAAACUUGACAAAAAACAUAUUACAUCAAAUAGACUGGGCAGAAAAUACUGAACCUGUCAGAACAUAAGGAAGGUAAUGGUAGUAUUAGAACCGGCCAGAUGGAUAUAUGUACAGUACAGGAUCCAUUAGGAAGAACUAGAAAGGAUGUGACGCCAGAGAUAUGUGAUUAACCUAAUAUUAUUUUUCCAGAACAUAAACGAAUUACUGGAGUAUUUUCCUUAAGAUGUAAAUAGUCUGUAAAUAGUUUCAUAACCUUCAAACUAACGUAUUUUAUUUUAUAUUUUUCGAAUCUUAAUAAAUUGGUAAUUCUCGAGUACUGAAUUUUCCAUCAUUU